AGUCAAUCCAAACUAUUAGUCACAAUUGCUAAGUUCCAACUUCUAGGCAUUUGCUCUUCCAAAUAUGUCAGGAGCGCAUGGGCCGUACUCAUUCAAGCACGUGUUUUCGUUCGUUCAUAUUCCCCCCUUGCCUAGCAGGAAUUCUUCUACCAUUGACCCUGGCCUUGCCGCGGUGGCUAUUGGCUAAAUGUUGGUAGUUUAAGCUCUAAGUAUACCUGCACACGCAAAUUUUGGGAAGUAACACGCCGCUUUCUUUCAGAUCCCAUUGUUCAAUUAAACUUUGUACGCUGCGAACCCCCUCCUUCUUGCCCAUUCAACACCCUCCCCAGAUCCACCACCUGGAUCCAACUCACAAGGCACCUGCAAAAUGUCUCCGCAGCAAAUACCACACAAGCUCUUCAUCCAAAUGUCAGGCGCGCCGGGUUCUGGGAAGAGCACGAUGGCAAGACUACUCGGACGCUCCAUUGGCGGAGUUGUCAUUGACCACGACGUCCUCAGGUCCGCUUUUCUCGAAUCUGGCCUUCCGUUCGACCAGGCGGCAACGCACGCAUACCAGCUGCAGUGGAUGCUAGCUCAAGACUUAAUAGAGCAGGGUCUUUGCGUUGUCGUCGACAGCACCUGCAAUUUCCAGGAGGUUCUCGACAACGGGUCCGCAAUUGCCGAUAAACACGGCUACACGUACUGGUAUGUGGAAUGCAAGGUUCAAGACGUCGACUUAUUGGACCGACGGUUGCGCGCUCGAAACCCGAUGACGAGUCAGCGAACUAGCGUCGAUUGUCCUCCUGCUGCAGCAGCAAACGGUGCUCGUAAAGGCGAUGACUCUCGAGCCCUCUUCAAGAGGUGGAUUGAGAAUCCAUACCGCCCAAAAUUCAAUGUUGUCACUGUAGACUCCACGCAAGACCCGGAGACGCUCCGAGACCAUGUCCUGAAGCAGAUUAUCGAUUAACUCUUGUGGCAUGGGCAGGGAAGCUGGUUUCAAUCCUAGGUAGCGCGUACUUACUUGGUCCUUGUUAAGCACUAGGCGACCAUCAAUUAGGUGUCAAUACUCAGGCACAUCAUCUUGAGCACGACGUGAUUCUUUCUAUACAUAUCUUAGGUAUGAGAAAUAUGGUCGAUCUGCUGUUGGUCUGUUGGGCUAUCAAGAUCUUGGACCAGCGUAAAAUGGUCGGGUCAUACCAACGGAUGAGUCGAAUUGCACGUAAAGAUCAUGAUCCGCUCCGAAGCAGUCCAUUUCAUCUCUGCCGCGAAGAGUCAUAAAUGUGUCGAGUAA